AUGGCGGUGUCGUCCCCGCCGGGCGUCCCGGCCGCGUCGGGGGGCGGCGGCGGCGGGGGCGGGGGCGUCGGUGGGGCGGGCGCGGGGGUCCCGUCGUCGGGGGCCGUGGGGGCGGCCUGCAGCCCCGGGGGGGGCCUGUUCCGCGGCGAGCCCCUGUACGCCCCCAGCCCCGCCGCGUCCCCGCGCCUGGCGCCGGGCUUGGGGGGCGCCGCCGCCGCCGAGUGCCAGAUGGUGGACCUGCACGGGGUGAAGGUGGCCUCGUUCGUGGUGGAGGGCCAGGAGCUGAUCUGCCUGCCGCAGGUGUUCGACCUCUUCCUGAAGCACCUGGUGGGCGGCCUGCACACCGUCUACACCAAGCUCAAGCGCCUGGACAUCGCGCCCGUGGUGUGCACCGUGGAGCAGGUGCGCAUCCUGCGCGGGCUGGGCGCCAUCCAGCCCGGCGUCAACCGCUGCAAGCUCAUCACCAGGAAGGACUUCGAGACGCUGUACAGCGACUGCACCAACGCCAGUUCACGACCGGGGAGACCCCCCAAGCGCUCUCUGGGGGUUGCGAUACAAGAGAACACGCGCCUUCUGCCCCACGGAGUGCCCGGCCUCUUAUCACCAGGACUUAUCUCCCCAACAGGUCUAACAGCGGCUGCCAUGGCAGAAGCGAUGAAGUUGCAGAAGAUGAAGCUGAUGGCCAUGAAUAGCCUCCAUGGAAGCGGGAGCCAGAAUGGGACUGAAUCAGAGAACGAAGAGCUGAAUUCCAAUGCAGGUGGAAGCGAAUCCUCAUGGGAUAAAGAGAAGCUCCAGUCCCCCAUCACCACGGGAUCCCAUCACGGAGUUAGCCACGCAUCGCUGUCGGGGCAGCCCAGUCUGGGAACUGCUCAUCCACUCAGCCCACUGCAGCAGAACCAUCUGCUCACUAACAGGAUAGAUCUGCCCUUCAUGAUGAUGCCCCACCCCCUUCUUCCGGUUGGCCUCCCUCCUGCUUCCGUCGCAAUGGCUAUGAAUCAGAUGAACCAUCUCAACACUAUAGCUAAUAUGGCAGCUGCCGCUCAGAUGCACAGCCCGCUGUCGAGAGCCGGAGCCUCAGUCAUAAAGGAGAGGAUUCAGGACAGCCCUUCGCCUGCCCCGUCUGUGGAAGAGAGUCAAAGACCCGGGAGUCAUGCCUCUUCACAUCAGAGCAGUAGCGUUUCCAGUUCUCCGUCCCAGCUUGACAACACACCCGAUAGAAUUGCUAUGCUGUCACAUACUAGAGAAGGCGAACCUGUGGAUCAAGAGUCCGGGCCCAACCCAAGAAAACUCUCCAAGGAGAAAGAAGAGGUCCAGAUCGCCAUCCCAAUCAUGAAACCAACCUUGGAAAAAGUCCAGUUGGCUGGACAAGCUUUGCCGCCUGGCUUCCCUGCGCCUUUUCUCUUUGCUGAUGGACUGUCGUCAGUAGAAACUCUAUUAACCAAUAUCCAGGGGUUGCUGAAGGUUGCUGUAGAUAACGCCAGAGUACAGGAGAAGCAGAUCCAGCAGGAAAAGAAAGAGUUAAAGAUGGAGCUGUGUCGGGAGAGAGAACUGAGAGAGAACCUGGAGAGGCAACUCACAGCCGAGCUACAAAGCAGAGCAACAAUUCAAAAGCGCUUGAAGAAAGAAAAGAAAGCCAAGAGGAAAUUGCAGGAAGCCCUUGAGUUUGAAUCGAAGAGGAGAGAACAAGUGGAACAGGCACUUAAGCAAGCUACAUCGGGUGACGGACUCAGGAUGUUAAAUGAUGCUGGAAUCCCAGAUAUGGAAGUAGAACACAAUGGAACCCAACAUGACAGUGCAGCAAUGCAAGAAAACAGAACAUACAUCAAACCUACCAUUAUGUACUGAAGACACUUAUUAUGAAUGGGGGGGAAAUAUAUAUAUAUAAAUAUAUAUAAAAUGAUCACUAUUCGAAGACUAUAUAAUUCAUGAAAGAAGUCCCUUCUGACCUUUGAUGCCUUCAGUGCUGUGUGAAGAACAGGAUUGUUAGCAUUGAAAACCUGGACAAUUUCAAACCAUUUGCUGUUCCUGUCUCGAGAACUGCCGAAAUUUCAGAAUGCCAAGGUUUCUCGCAAGCUUUGUCGAACCAAACCAAACCCUGUUGCAACAGAUCAUUUUAGGUCGCAGAGGAUAGAAAGAGAGGGAGAGAGAGUAAAAGUUUUAGUAUUUUUAAGCACAUACAGGAAUUGUUUUCCCAAAAGAACGACAUUUUUGUUUCUUUGGUCAAGGAAUUAGCUAUGACGCUAUAGCUAUGGCACAAUGAACGUUAAGGUUCUCACUGGCUUGUUCACGCAACAUGCCCAGUUUUAUCACUGAAGCUGUCCAACACGGGGCUGUUUCAAUUGUGUUUAUAAAUUUAAGCUUUGUUUACUGAAGCUGAAACUCAAUAUAUAUUACGUUUUGGAGAGAACAGUGUGUACAUUUUUUAACAUGAUGUAAAAAAAAUGUCCUUUCCAUUCUCG